AAGAAUGCUUGGGAUUUAAUGGAGGAACGAGAUUAAAUGAGACUUGUGUGCCCUGGGUCUUAGCACCUCGGUUUCCCUCGUGUCCGCCGCACACCUGGGACUUUUUCUGACCUCGCUUUGUGUCCCUUAUCAUUUCACAGUAUUUUCAGGUGUUUUUCGUCGCCUCUUUGAUCGGGUACCUUGUUUCUUUUCUUUGCUCGUGUCCUGGUGGAUCCUUCGGCCUCUGUGCGUUCGGCUUUAAUGCGUUCGGCCCUCGUGCCUUCGCACUUGCGCUUCGGCCUCUGUGCCUGCUUUCAUCCUGUCUUCUUCUUCCGACUCUUUGGUUUUUUGUUAACAGUUCAACCAUAUAUUUACGUCUUCGGUGCUUGCCUUUGCUCUCUUUCAUUUCUCGGUUUCUUCCUUGUCGUUUGUACCUUCUCUUUCUUCUCUCCUCGACUGUUGCUGUCUUCUGUAUUUUUCGCCUCCCCCACCACCAUCCCCUGCACCACCUAAGAUUACUCUUCUUGGGACGCUUGAUAUCUUAGUUUGUCGGGGUCGUCGCCACACUACCUCACUGUUCCAGGUCGCCCGUUGCGCACAAGCCGUCCAUUUGUCCAGGAUACUCCCAUCGCAGAUGUCCUGAACAUUUUCAAGCACCAUCAUAAAGGAUGGGACCCAGGCUAAUGAUUAAACACUCCUACGAUACAUGUAGCACGGGCAAACCAGGAAAUUGAUCGGUCAUUAGUAUAGUGUUGUCGCCCAAGAGGUACAUAUCAAGAAAUGUGGUAUGCAUCAAUCUGGUAACUGCUCGGCAUAGACAAUUGUGUGCAGGGUUACCUAAUCGUAGCUAUGUCUACUCUGGAUUUGAAAGGUGAACCACACCAUAAUUGGGCUGCAGGAGUACCGAGGGACUAGAGAGCAUGAG